AUGUCUUCUUUCUGUGUCACCAAACAGAAGUUUUCUCCAAACGUUCUUUUCACUCAGAUGGCCAAUGGCACGGAAGUGACAGAAUUCCUCCUGCUAGGGUUCUUGGAGGUCCAGGAACUGCAGCUGGUCCACGCCACGCUGUUCCUCCUGAUCUACCUGGCGGCCCUGACGGGAAAUCUCUUCAUCGUCGCCGUCACCACCCUCGACCGGCACCUCCACACCCCCAUGUUCUUCUUUCUCAGGCACCUGUCUGUCCUCGACCUCUGCCUCAUCUCCGUCACUGGCCCUAAAUCUUUCUUCAAUUCAGUGACCAACAACAACGCCAUUUCUUUCCAGGGCUGCAUUCUGCAAGUGUUUUUCUUUGUUUCGGCCGUUGUCUCUGAGGUGGCCCUGCUCACAGUGAUGUCCUACGACCGCUACGCCGCCAUCUGCCACCCCUUGCUCUACGAGAUCAUCAUGAACAGAGGAGUUUGUGGGAAGAUGGCGGCCACCUCCUGGCUCAGCGGGGGCCUCUCCGGCCUCAUGCACACGGCCACCACCUUCUCUGAACCCUUCUCUGGGCCCAAUGUGAUCCACCAUUCCUUCACCAUCUGUUUCUCAUACAUAACCGUCUCGUACAUCCGCAUCUUCUCGGCCGUGCUGAAGAUGCCAUCGGCAGAGGGCCGAUCCAAAGCCUUCUCCACCUGCCUGCCCCAUCUCAUUGUCGUGACUUUCUUCAUCUCCACGGAAAACGGUUCCCUAACAGAAAAUGACCAUUUCUUCUGGAAGAGGCCAAUCAUCCGUUCUGAGAGCUGA